GGCAUCUCUUUUAAGACUAUGGACCUCGGACGCAUGAUGUUCUGAUUUUUUGUUUUAUUUUUGAUGUCGCUUUCAGCAUUUGGAUUGUAGAUUUACUAACUUGACCUUGCAUAUAGUCCUUGAACGCCAACCAGCUUACCGCUGGAUCACAAACUCAUAAUGUCUUCCAUCAAGACCGACCCAGAGAACAUGUCUCUUCCUCAAUCAAUGCUUCACAUGGACCACCACUCCCAAUCAAGGCAUAUCCAAGGAAACUCUCAUUUGGCCUCAAGACCCCAGGAUGAUGAACUUUUGAGCCAGGAUAACUUCUCCUUGUGUUCAAGUACUGCCCACAGCCAUGACACCUCCGACAAGCCAUGGGCGAUGAAUGAUGUGGAUUCAAUUGACAGCAACUCCAUUGCGUCAAGCAAACCUGACUCUCCAGCAGUUCAGAUGCUCUCCUUUUCAUUAUCUCAACAUGCACUACUGCACUCUGCAGUUGGCGCCAGCGACAUCAUGUACUCGGCUGGUUCCGAUUUCCAUGGCCUCCCUGACGUUGGUGAACAGACUGAUAUGGACUUCUCCAAGACCCAGGACUUCAGCCACUAUACAUCCCUAUUUGAUUUCUCUGCCUUUGAUAAUGAUGUCAAUGGCCAAAAUGGCACUCACACCUCGUGCACCCCAGAACACGGCUCGCCUGCCGGCGACGCCUGGAACUCCAUCGUGGACACCCGAUAUAACCAAGGAUCCGUGGAUCAUUUCUCUGGAAAUGUUUUCCAGCACAUGCCUGUCUCCCCUCCCUUGACGGAAGCGAGCAAUGAUCUCUCUGUUACCUCUUCCUGCUCCCACUCUGGAUACCCCGCCUUCAUGUCCCAUGAGGAUGCCAUGUUGAAAGACAUCACAGCCACUCCCGUUGGCGGCCAAGGAAUCAACCUAGGAGACCCAAUUUUCCCUCUCACACCACCCCUCAACGAACAGGACCCCAACAGGACCAUCCGCCCGUCAAAGAGUGUGCGCAGGCCCACUUUGCAAUUGUCCCCGACACAGCCGCAGGUCAAACAGGAUUCCGAAUUUUUCCCACCACUUCCCGUGAAGGAGCCACUCCGACCAAGAUCCAAGGAUGGCAGUGAGUCGCGAAACCCUCGUGACCACCCUUUCUAUUCCCUGCCUACCCACAACGAUGGAAAGUACUACUGCCCGUUCGCCAAUGGAGACAAGCCUUGCAACCACCCACCAACUACCCAGAAGUGUGCUUACCACAAGUACUUGGAUUCCCACCUGAAGCCAUACCGCUGUAGGGUCCCGAGCUGUAUGGAUGCUCAACUUCAUUUCUCUUCCAAUGCAUGCCUAUUCCGACAUGAGCGCGAAGCCCAUGGACUCCACGGACACGGAGAUAACCCCCACCUCUGCCUCUUUGAAGGAUGUGACCGUUCUAUUCCAGGAUACGGUUUCCCUCGCCGCUGGAAUCUCUUUGACCACAUGAGGCGAGUGCACGACUACGCUUCCUCUGAGCGCCCCAGCUCCCCGGAUGCUUCCCCCACCACCAGUCAGACCAAAAAGAAGGAGACCACUGGACGCAAGCGCCGAGUCACUGGUGUCAGCGGUGCUCAGACCAUGAAGCGAACCCGCUCCACCCAGUCCCAGACAAACCCAUUGAAGGCCCUCCAGCAGACCACUGCCCACCACGGUCAGAACAUUCAGGCCGCUGAAAGGAACUAUUAUAACUGCCACGGACGCCUCCUUGAGCAGCUCCGCAACAUUAGCCCCCAGGAUUCUGCCAUGCACGACAAGGUUAAUGCCAGCCUCCAAGAGCUCAUUACGCUCGGGAUCACCUACCGUCAGGCUCAGGCCAGUCAGGCCGUUGCCCAGAUUACAAAUGGAGUCCCUGCAUGAAUCAAGGAAGCAUGACGAUGCUUAACAUUGCAGACCACCUUCCCUUUUCCUUGUCCUUCUCAAGGAUCGCCCGACGGGACCACUUAUUCCACUACUGCAUAAUAGGAGCUUAGCCUUUCUGUUACGAGCUCCGGGAGCAACUGAUCUCCCUGUACAUGCACAUUAUGAAUGGCUAAACGCAGCUUGGAACGGCCCACGAAUUUUCUUUCAGUCUGCCAGGGAUUGCAACCUAUGUCUACUUUCCAAGAGGAGUUGACUUCGCAUCAUGGACCCAAUGUCGGUUAGAGGAAG